AUGUCGAAUCUUAAACCGGCCCUGAGUUCUACCACCUGUUCCUUACAUGAGCCCGUCAAAAUAUUAGCCUCUGAGGAAAAUCUCUUGCAAAUUAAACCCCAAACAAUACCUGAAUUUUUCCAUGCAUGUUGUGAGCGAUUCAGAGAUCGUCCCGCCUUGGCUUAUAAAGAUGAAGGCGUUGAGGAGUGGACCACAAUAUCCUAUGGAGAAUAUGAGAAGAAUGUGGAACAGACAGCAUUACUUCUACUACACUUGGGUGUCCAACCCCGAACCUCUGUAGGAAUUUUGUCCUACAAUUGUCCAGAAUGGUUUUAUGUCAACUUGGCUGUGACGCGAAUAAAUGCCGUAUCGACGGGAAUUUAUACCACCAAUUCAGCGGAGGCUGUUCACCAUAUUCUGGAGACCUCAGAUGCCAGUGUGGUGGUGGUUGAUGAUAGCCAGCAAUUGGAGAAAAUUCGAGCGAUACGUUCCAGUUUGCCUCAGCUGAAGGUGGUUGUUCAGCUACAUGGACCCUUUGAUUUCGGUGGGGAAGCUCAAACGGAGGGUUAUUGGCGGUGGUCAGAUUUAUUUCAAAUGCAAUUUAGUCCAUCUUUGAGGGAGGAUCUUUAUCGAAGAGAACGUCAAGUGAUGGCAAAUGAGUGUGCCCUGAUUAUAUUUACGUCCGGUACCGUAGGCAUGCCCAAAGGCUGUAUGAUCUCCCAUGAUGCCAUUGUAUAUUUAACCCAGGCCAUUAAUCACAGGUUUGACUUCCUUAAUAGAGGUCAUGAACGUAUCGUUAGCUACCUACCGCUAAAUCAUGUUGCAGGACAGUUGUAUGCUACGUUUAUGGCGAUGGAUAAUGGAACAUUGACAUAUUUUGCCGAUCGGAAUGCUUUGAAAGGUACUUUGGUCAAGAAUUUUAUUGCAGUCCAGCCGACGAUGCUGUUUGGAGUUCCAAGGGUUUUUGAGAAAAUCCACGAACAACUUUUGAAAUUGGAAGAGAGAUCCAAUUGCUUCAGGAGGAUGAUAUUGCAGAACGCAAGGGCAGCUAUGCUGGAAUAUCAUGUGCAAAGGAUAAAGGGAAAACCCACUUCCUUUGUAAAAUAUUGGCUGGCCUCCAUGGUGAUCAAUCGCAUUAAGAAUGCCUUGGGUUUGUCGUUUGUAAAAGAUGCUGUCAUUGGCGGAGCACCAAGUUCCGAUGAGCUGAAAUCCUUUUUUAUGGCCCUUAAUGGUGGCACCGGUAUACCUGUUGAGGGUGUGGAGAUAAAAAUUAAAGAUCCCAAGGGGAGUCGGGGUGAAGGAGAGAUCCUUAUGCGUGGUCGCACAAAUUUCACGGGCUAUUUAAAGGAUCCCCUAAGGACCAAGGAGGCGGUAACCGAAGAUGGUUUGAUUUUGAGCGGUGAUAUUGGCUAUUUAGACGCCCGGAGAAAUUUAUUUAUUAGCGGUCGCAUAAAGGAACUCAUUGUUACGGCGGGUGGUGAAAAUAUACCACCGGUAUACAUUGAGGAUCGGAUUAAAAAGGAAUUGCCGUGCUUGAGUAAUGUUAUGGCCAUUGGAGAUCGUAGGAAAUAUUUGACGGCAUUGUUGACGUUUAAGACUGACAUGGAUCCCAAUACUGGAUAUCCACAGGAUACUCUCUUGCCAGAAAGCAAAGAAUGGUUAGCCACAUUGGGGUUACAUUAUACCCAUCUAUCGGAAAUGUUACACAUGGCAAUGCCGGGAAAUCUUCUAAACUUCGAUCCCUCCCGUGUUGAGGUACAGCUUGAUGAAAAAUUAGAAAAGGCAUUGAAGUCAGGUAUUGAACGUUAUAAUCGCCAGGCCAUAUCGAAUGCCCAGAAAAUUCAAUAUUUUACCGUGUUGCCACAUGAUUUCUCCAUACCCACCGGGGAAUUGGGGCCAACUUUGAAAAUACGCCGCAAUGUGGUGCACAAUAAAUAUGCCAAGGUCAUUGACAGAAUGUACUGCAGAUGA